CUCGAUAUUUUUGGUUUUGAAAACUUUGAAGUUAACAGGUGAGAAAUUAAUUUAUUGUUUUAUUGAUUUAUCAAUUAUCAUUGGUUAUGUAGAUUGAACAGCUAUUUUCCCAGUUUUGAACCAGUAGUGGUGUGUUUAUUUCUCGCCAGAAGCUUUAUUUUCGUUGUCUUGAGGCUAUGCAGUUUGAUUUCACACAAACCGCCAAAUUAACCUAGUUUAUAAAUCUAUCUGUGACUAUUAGACGUCAAGCUUUGUAACAGCUUUUAAUCCAUUUCCUCCCGAACCCGCCCGCUCUCAUUCUGGAAUUGAACCACAUCCAAUUCACCAGUUUUAACUGUCAUAGACAACUUUGACGCUAUUAUCUUGAGCAGGGAAAUAGUUCUUCUAAAUCAGACCUAAAUUAAAAGAUGAACAGAAACUAGAGUGACAAGCAAACCGCAUGGGGAAAAUGGGCUCAAACUAUUAAGUUCUGUGGUAAUUAUAAGUUAUAGUUACUUGAUUGAAGAUACGUGCCUCCGCACCUUCAUAACGACUGGCUGAAGGACAAUCCAUGUAACUAAAGGUGGAUUUCCUCUGUCGCUUAAUUUUUACCUGAGUACACACGUAAAUAAAAUAGGGGCCAUCUAUGGAGUGUCUCCCGUAAACGUAAAAUUUGAGCGAGGUGGAAAUCCACCGUAACGUAUAUUUUCUCUUCCAGUUUUGAACAGCUGUGCAUCAAUUAUGCAAAUGAAAAGCUUCACAGUUUCUUCGUUGACCACGUUUUCAAGAUGGAGCAGGUAAGUGAGAAAGUCUGGAAUCUAGAGACUGGUAUGGUGAUAAAAUGGAGGCUCAGAACAUACAGCUAUUUCGCGAGGGUUGUCGAAAAACGUGCAAGUCACAAUCCCGAAAGGUAUUGUGGGUGGUUUUGCGUUCAGUCAAGUUCUUCAAGGAAAUUUGAAAGAAUGGCAGGAGAGGCCAUGAACGUAUGUCUGCUGGUGCUAAAGGAAAGCAGCAAAAGUAAGUUCGACAGCUACAGUGUCAGGAACAGUAUAUUGAUCAUAUCCCAUAUUACCUUUCGGGAUUGUCGCGUGCAUAUUUUUCCGACAACCUUUCUCGAAGUAGCUGUAUGCAAUACUUCUUUUACAGCGUUUCCUGGUACAUACAGCACAGCUGUAUUGUGCCUAUAAGACUACCACUAAGAAAACGAGAAAAUUCAAUCCUAGAUCAGAUCAACGAUCCUUGUAAAAUGCAUUGGAGUAUGUUCACUUGAUAACUUUUGCUACUGACAAUUUUUAGUAUGUAGGGCAUUUGCAGUGCUUGAUUCCUAAUGGAAUGACCCACUGUGUUUUCUGUUCGGUGUAGGCUGAGUAUAGUCGCGAAGGACUGGAUUGGAGUCCUGUGGACUUUGUUGACAAUCAAGAAGUUGUGGAAACCUUGGCAAAUAAACCUCUAAACUGCUUUGCUCUUAUGGACGAAGAGAGCAGAUUCCCUCAGGUAUAGAUGCUGUUGGCGCUUAUUUAAUAAGUCAAUAAUCUGUCUCCUCCGGAAAAUGAAUGUAAGGCACACUCUACCCCUUGAAUAAGAAUCCCAUACUAGCAUACGAACGCUACACGACCGGAAAUACGUCUGUGUUCGGAGGCUAAUCCCAAACCGACCAAGGCUCGCGAUUUCUAUAUUUUGUAAUCAGAAAGCGUUCAAAACAUGAAUUUUCACAUCUUGAUAACGCAAUCAAGCUACACUAACAGAACGUUGCACAAUUCUAGAGCGAUAUUCACUGGAUAUUACUGACUAGUCGGAUUACAAUUACCGUAAUUACGUAUAGUAAUACCUCAUACACUUCACUUUCAUAGUUAUUCCUUUUCAGAAAAAAUAGAGUACCGGUACAGUUCACUUGGAACACGAAUUUCUAUGACUCUCUCUCUCUACUUUGAUUUAAUUUGUUUUUGUCUUUCUCCUAAAAAUAUAUUUAGUUCAAAUUAAUACUAAGCUUCUCUUGCCGUGAAGGACUUGUUUAUUCAAAUCAACUACCGUAUUCACUAUUUCUGCUUCCUUUAUUUUUACAGGGAAACGAUGAAUCGUUUUUGCAUAAAUUGACUGCACAUCAUGUUAAAAGUAGCUGCCUUUUUAAAUCCAAGUCUCGCUCCAGAGCUUCGUUUGGCGUGGUUCACUUCGCUGGAAUAAUUGAGUACGACGUUACAGGUGACGCGAUUGCGAAAUCUUUUAUUUCACUCGCGAACUCCGAAAUGUUUGCAGCCAGCGCACUGGCUUAGGAGGUUAAACAAUGAAUGAAUCUCCUUUAACUUUUCCAGUGGUGUGAGUGCAUAGUAAACCUUAGUUUUUUACGUCUUUUUUUAGCACUGAACAAGUUCAAUGACAGUUUAAAAAGGUCUGAGGUUUUUGUAAGAGUUAUCUUUGCCUGCUGACCUUCCUGGCGGAAGGGAAUAAGAACUUGUUUAUUGUAAUAUAAGAUUUAUGCGGAUUUCCGCAACCCUUUAUAUUUGCAUAUGUCUGCAUCUUCAUAGGCAUCCUGGACAAAAAUAGAGAUACCUUCAGUGCUGAUCUUGUUGGGCUGGUCUGUGAAAGUAAAAUGGAG